UGAGUUUACUGGAAGACAGCGCUCUCCUUGUUGUUAGCCCAGACUCCGACUAAUUUAGGGGAAGAAGAGGGGGGAGACUGAGGACGAGCUGGAAGCUGACCGUGCAGUUAGAGAGGAAGAAGAAGGUGACUAAUACUGACUGCACUCAGCCCACUGUAAGUCCCCCAGUGUAUCGGGGAGGGGAGUGGCUUCACGCGCUGUAUAAGCUGGGUCAAGGAAGCAAUCAGUUGUCAGUUUCAAACAGCAACGCGUGGAAGAUCAGACUUCACCUGGAUUUACUAUGUUGUCUUUGGGAUAGUAGGAGAAUCGCUGCAACUAGACAUGUAGCGAGCAGCACAAACACGGUGUACACCUCUUUGUGAACUCUUUUCCUCUAAAACAGACACCUCUACCUCUCGGGCUGGACUGUGGUGCAUUAACGUCGGGUCGCCCUCCCCUGCCGCCUCGGCCCCCAGCCAUGGCCUCACGCAUCGGGCUGCGGAUGCAGCUGAUGCGAGACCAGCUGCAGCAGGAGGAGCAGCGUGAGCGGCAGCAGCAGCAGAAUGUGGCAAUGCAAUACAUGCAGCAACGCAUGGCUGGGCCCCCUGCACCUACGCCAGCGAUCAGCACUCCACAGCAGUACCAAAGCAUGCAGGUUCCUGUGGAGGUUCUGAAGGUGCAAACCCACCUUGAAAAUCCAACAGACUAUCACAUCCGUCAGUCACGGAGACAACAAGUGAAAGAAUAUCUCUCAACCACCUUUGCUAACAAGCAGACGGUUCACGCAGUGGCAGGGAUUAUGCCACCAUCUCCUCCCACAAACAUGGGACCUGCGGGGGGUUCGGCGUCCGCACCUCCGCUGCUCCACUCCCCACACAUGCGUAAGGAGCAGCUCAUGUCUGGCAACAGCGCCCCCAACAGCCCAAUGGCCAUGCUCAACAUUGGCUCCAGCCACGAGAAGGAGAUGGAGGAGGUUAUUGAUGACAUUAUAAGCAUGCAGUCCAGUUACGACGACGUUCAAGGAUACAUGGACCCUGUUCAGAUGCCAAACACAGUGAGUAGAGAGAGUCCUCCUUCUAAAAAGAAACAGAUUUCUUCUUUUUCAUAGUGUUUUAUAUGACGCCCGUACUUUGCAUCCAUUUAACCUGGAGGUAAAAGACACAGUGCAUCUCUGGC